UUCUCGAAUCGCGAAGGAGACGGCGCUCCAAGACACUCUCGAUUAACAUUGAACGACUACACCGGAUUUUCAAUUGAUGACGAUAAACGAGGCCCAGUGAAGCAGCAAGCAGCGCCACUGCGGAGGAAUGCUCAAGUUUAAGUGGCUCUUCUAACGGACAACGUAUUCAACUAUUUUAAUUCUCUUUAAAUGAGAUGAUAUUUAAUCAAUAGACAAAUAUUUAAUCAGCCAGACCACAAACACCUGGAGUGAAGCAAAAAAAGGCAUUUCAGAGGAUUUUAAUUGUACAAUCAAAUCAACGAUGCUUGACAGAAGUUUCAUUGUCUAUGGCAAGGACGGAAGACGACCAGGAUAUUGGGGAGUACAGACAAAAAGGAUGAAAGCCUUUCAUUGUUAUCUGGUAUUCUCUGCAGUUCAUCGAUAACACAGUCACGGUUGUUUGAGGUUUUAGUUUACCUCCUUUCAUCCCAUCUAAUUUUCUGCUUUCUUUAACUGACUUCUUAUCUUCUCCUAAAUUUCUAUUUAACACAUUUUUUUUAUUUCAGAAUUGCCCAUCAAGCUGAGAGAUAUAUAUCAUCAUUAUUCUUCUUCUUGAACCCUCGAAUCUUCCUGUUAAUAUCUCCAUCAUUCCAACCAGUUGCAAAGUAGUCCCAAUAAUCGUAUUUUAACCUUUGUCCUCCGUUUGAAGGAAUCUCUCCAGAAAUCUCCCACCUUGUCUGGGCCAGGAACAGCAGACUUUACUGGUGGAGGGAACUUUCAGUGAGGCACACUAUAUAAGAGAAUGGCAGAGCAGGCUCCCGAUAAAGGCCGUGUGUGUUGUCUGGUCGUGGUCUCGUUCGCGCCUUAUCUCAAUACCGUCCAAGUAAAAGCAUUGACCAAUUGUCAGGAUGGUUUGCCAGGCGGUAAUACUCUUGGCGCUGGUGGCGAUGAUGAUAGCCACGACUAUUGCUGCCCAGAAUCCAUUUGAUGCAAGUUCAGUUUAUUCUGGAAAGGCAAACAUUGGUCCCUUGUUCACUUCAGGACUGAGUGCCACUCAGAAUAGUUAUCGCGACAACAGCUACGAGGAUAAUGCAGUGACACCAACGCCAUCCGCUCCCAGUGGUGGUGGUAGCACUGGUAUUAACUUCAGAUCAUCUGCAGGACAGGCAUACAGAAAAGUAAGUGGUGCCAACCUGGAACCUGCACGUGAAUAUCAGCAUCAGGUACCUGUCAGAGUAACAUCUGCUCAGCCUCGUGGACCAGCCAUACAUCCUACACGUGGUGGAGCGCAUCCUCAAUUCGUAGCACAAAAUGGUGAUCCUAGACUCGAAGCUGAGGAACUUGAGGAGGAGAAAGACGAACCUGAUCGUCUGGCUAUUCUACUUCAGCAGAGCAAAUUUGACUGUAUUAAUAAGCAGACUGGUUAUUAUGCCGAUGAGGAACUUAAUUGUGAAGUCUUUCAUUACUGCCAGGACAAUGCCAAGCAUUCUUGGAUAUGUCCUGAGGGAUUCACUUUCCAUCAAGUACAUUUGAUCUGCAUGCCACCCAAUGGUGACAUCACCUGCAAGAAGAGCUCCCAGUAUCACUUUGUUAAUGAGUAUCUCUACAAGCCUCUAAAUCUUGCUGAAGCUGAGAACAAGCCUAAUGUCACUCUGCGUUAUAGCGAGAGAUUUUAUCCUGCUAAUAUCUAUACGGACGAGCGUGAGUCUGGUGAUUAUCAGAUUACACCCACAGGCAGUUCAGGUGGAGGUCUACCACGUCGUCCACUUCCUCAGCAGGUAUUCCUGGGUCAGCAGCCAUCACUAGGUCCUCUUUCCCAAAGGUCCCAACCACAGAUUGCACCACAGUUCCGGGUACCGGUGAAUCAAGUCUUCCGUAGUCCUGAAGAAGUGAAUAUUCCCCUUCAGCAAAGACGACCCCAACCUCAGCCACAAUCUCAGCCACUUCGAAGGUUCCCCCAGGUGCGACCUGAUGAUGAUGAUUAUGAAUAACCUGAAAUUCAAGUUGGUUACAUCAAUCGCGCAGGAUGUCAUGACGAAUCCUUUUCUUAUCAUUAUCAUUUUUAAUUCAUCUUACUGAUUGUUGCCUUCUGUUCUGAGCUCCCACUUUAUAGUCUUCUCUUGUUAUUUUUUCACUUUCUCGCCUCCUUACCUCGUUACCUCAUUACCUCCUUUUCCAUUACUUUUCAUUACUUCUUUACUUCCUUCCUAUCAUGUGUUUUACUUCCAUACUUCUUUCUUCUUCUUCUUCUUGGGGAUAGACAUUAAGGUGGGCAAAUCUUGUUCUCGUGUGAGCGACAAGUCUUUAAUGUAUGAAUGAUCUGUAUAAUUGUGAGUAUUGUAAAUCCUUGAAUAUAUGAGUUCUCAGAAUGAGUUCUCAUACGUGAUCGUAAACGAGGAAAGCGAAAGAGAACUGAAGCCACCUUAGACGUUUCCUACUUGGUAACGAAGGUGGCGACGUCCGAGAUGGGCGCCAGUGUAAAUAUAUUUACAGAAAUUAAUAAAUAUUUGGCCAGAAA